CACACACACACACACAGAGAUUCCUGUGUCCGAGCUGAACAACAUGGACUUCAUGUCAGAUCGUGACGUGCAGAAGUACAUGGAGGAGGGGUACGUGGUGCUUGACGGGCUGCUGACCCCCCACGAGUGUGACGAGCUGAGGCAGAGGAUGUCGGAGAUCGUGGAUGACAUGGACGUGCCGGACCACUGCCGCACCACCUUCUCCACCAAUCACGACGAGCAGCUGAAAACCCAGGGAAACGCUGACUAUUUUAUCACCAGCGGAGACAAGAUACGCUUUUUCUUUGAGAAAGGAGCUUUUGAUGACAAAGGUGAAUGCAUCAUUCCAAAACAGCGAUCACUGAAUAAAGUUGGUCAUGCUCUACAUGCCUAUGAGCCGUUGUACAAAAAAGUUACACAUUCAGCCAAAGUUCAGGGCAUCGCUAAGAAGCUGGGUCUCGUAAAUCCUGUCAUACUGCAAAGCAUGUACAUUUUUAAGCAACCAGGAAUAGGUGGAGAAGUGACACCUCAUCAAGACGCCACAUUUCUGUACACGGAGCCCCUGGGCCGAGUUAUGGGGGUGUGGAUCGCCUUGGAAGACACCACUCUGAACAAUGGCUGCCUGUGGUUUAUUCCACGGUCACAAAACAGUGGUAUCUCUCGGCGUAUGGUGCGUACCCCACAGGGAACCUACCCCCUGACCGACUUCACUGGGAAAGAGAUGGCGUACGACGAUGACAAGUUUAUUCCUGUACCAAUUAAAAAAGGGGGCGUGGUCCUGAUCCACGGUGAGGUGGUGCAUCGCAGUGCUGAGAACAAAUCGGAGGACUCUCGCCACGUCUACACCUUCCACAUCAUGGAGUCCCAGGACACCCGGUGGAGCCCCGACAACUGGCUGCAGCCCACUGAAGAGCUUCCUUUCCCUCCUCUCUACACCAAAUGAUGGACAUCUGGCUGCGCAGACACACACAAUCCCAUCUUUCCUGAAGAGCGACCAACAUGUAUGAACAGUUUCAACCAUAGCUCAUGUGCUAAUGGCUGUUUUUGUAUCUUCCAUGACACCUUGUGUUACUCUGAGCUGCAUGUAGGUUAUAGACCAUCAGUAAUGUUUGUGGCCCGAUACUGAAUGACUUUAACGGGAGUGUCAGUCUCUAUAAUGUGAAUUUUUUAUAUACUGAGAAAUGAAUUUGAAUUGAACCCUUUUAAAAAAAAUACACCUUAUAUUUAGAUCUAUUUUUAUUCAGAGUCUCCUCAUAAACAUUUGCACAAACCAGCAUUUCUCUUGUUCAAGCUCAUUUUCCUUUUCAGAUUUGUGUCUAAGCAAGAUGGCAGAUUGGCAGUGAGCAACAAGUAUGUUGAUUUAAAGACGCAACUCAAAAGAAAAACAUUUUUAUGUAUGAAGGAUUUUAAACAACAUCCAAACUUCUUUAGAUACAUUUGAAAUCAAACUGAGAAACCAAAAGGGUUAAUGUUGACGUCUCAUUGAGCCGCACAGGUUCCUCUUCUCCAUCCUCACACCAGCAUUAAACAAAUGGACUGAAAAUUG